AUGGUUGCUGCUGGUGGAGGGAGUGCUGAGUGGCCAGGAUCAAUUGGUGGGAAUGCCGGUGGUCUGAUUGGUGGUACUAGUAAAUCUGAUUGCAGAUACAACGGAAUAAUCUGCCCAGAAAUUUGGACAAAAGGUGCCAAUCAAACCAAUGGUGGUACAGCUUCUCGUCCUAAUACAUUUCAAGAUGAUAGUGGUACAGGUAAUUACAAUAGUUAUGAUGGAAUAUUUGGUCAAAUAGACAAAGUCAAAGAUGGAGUAAAUUUAGGCGGUAUGGGAGGAAACGGAUAUUAUAGUGGAGCUACAUUAGAAUAUGCUGGCGGUGGUUCAGGAGGAAGCUCUUUUAUUUCAGGUCACAAAAAUUGUAUUGCUCUAGAAGGUCAAUAUAGUAAUAACCCAAGUUUAUCUAGAUCAAAUAUUCAUUAUUCAGGUUUAUAUUUCACCCAAACACAAAUGAUUUCAGGGAAUGAAACUAUGCCAUUAUAUUCGUCUAUGUAUGCCAAAGGAAUAGGCAACAAAAACGAAGGCUGUAUUCGAAUUACAAUUCUCACGAAAGAUUGCAGUUGUAUUUGUAAUUCAUAUUUUCGAAUGAAUUAUUUCAUUCCGAAUAUUAUUUUACUAUGCUUUAAUUCCGAAUAA